AUGGCGGCCGCGUCCUCCGCGCUGCUCGUGCUGCCGCCGCUGCCCGUCGCCGCCGCUUCGCGCCCCGCUCGCCGCCGCCGUCGUCGUCCUUCUCCUCCUCCUCCAGAGACUGAUGCGCGUCGCGCCGGGGGCGUCAUGAGAGGAGAGAAGAACUUGUGCUGCCGGGGCGCGGCGGGCGAUCACGGCUCCUGCCCGCCGCCGCCGCCGCCGCUGCCGCUGCGCUCGGGCCUCCUGGUGCCGGCCGAGGCCGUGGCGGGCGGCUGGGCCGCGGGGGGCGCCGAGGACGACGCGCGGCCGCUGCAGCUGCUCAGGACGGUGCCCGACCCGUCCGAAGCCUUCCAGGCGCUGCAGGCCGCGCUGCCCCGGCGCGGGGGCGGCCGCCUGGGCUUCCCGCGCCGGAAGGAGGCCUUGUACCGCGCCCUGGGCCGGGUGCUGCUGGACGGCCGCAGCGACGAGAAGCGCCUGUGCCUGCAGCUCCUGGCCGACGUGCUCCGGGGCCAGGGCGAGGCCGGCCGGCUGGACGACGCCUUCGGCCCGGCGCUCCUGCCGCAGCUCGUGGGCGCCCUGCGCGAAGAGCACGCCGGCGUGCGCAAAGACGCGCUGCACCUCCUGCACGCCUGCCUCCAGCGCAGCGCGGGCCCCGUGCUGCGGACGCUCGUCCAGGACGGGCUGGAGAGCAGCGACGCGCGCCUCCGCGCCGCCACGGCCCUCCUGUUCCCUCUCCUGCUGGCCCCCGAGGAGCUGCUGCCGGGCCUCGACCUCACCGACGUGGUCCUCGCCCUCGCCCGCAAGCUGAGCUGUCCGGAACUCGAGGAGGAAGCCGAGGCCGCCUUCUCGGCCCUGCAGCAGAUCGGGGAGCGGCUCGGCCCCGACAGGUUCCAGUCCUACAUCGCCCGCCUCCCUUCGGCCCUGCGGAGGCUCUACAAUCGCCGCCUCGAGACCCAGCUGGGAAGCCAGCUGCCCGGCUAUCUGGAACUGGAAACCCCGUCUGGGUUUCCUCCCCCAGACCCCUUCCCUAAUAACUGUGCCGUGGCCCUCGCCCCCAGCAAUCUCAAGUUCGGGAUCAUCCCGCAGGAGCUGCACGCCAGGUUGUUAGAUCAGGACGACUACAAGACCCGGACUCUGGCCGUGGAGGAGCUCAAACAGGUGAUAGGUCGCUGUAACCCCACUUGUACCCCGCAUUCUAGCCUGGUCGGUUUCAUUAGCUUGCUGUAUCAUUUGUUAGACGAUUCUAAUUUUAAAGUCGUCUACGGAACGCUGCAGGUCCUUCAUGCCCUGGUGGUGCGACUGGGUGAGCAGGUGCAACCGAUUUUGGCCCCUGUGAUCGCCGCCUCGGUCAAAGUGCUUGCCGAUAACAAAUUGGUUGUCAAGCAGGAGUACACGAAGAUCUUCCAAAAGCUCAUGAAGGAAGUAGGUCCGAAACAGGUGCUGGCUUUGCUGCUGGAACAUCUCAAACAUAAGCAUUCCCGAGUGAGAGAGGAGGUGGUGAAUCUGUGCAUUUGCUCCUUGUUGACUUACCCCAAAGAGGAAUUUGACUUGCCCAAACUGUCUUUCGAUCUUGCCCCAGCCCUUGUGGAUAGCAAACGCAGGGUGCGGCACGCAGCUCUCGAGGCCUUUGCUGUGUUGGCAUCCUCACUGGGCUCGGGUAAAACCAGUGUCCUUUUCAAAGCUGUGGAUACAGUUGAAUUGCAGGAUAAUGGAGAUGGCGUGAUGAAUGCUGUUCAGGCCAGAUUGUCUAGGAAAAUCCUCCCAAAGUUAACUGAACAAGGAUUUGUGGAAUAUGCGGUCCUCAUGCCAUCCUCAGCCCAGGGUAGGUCCAGCCAUUUGGCACACGGAGCAGAUACAGACUGGCUUUUGGUUGGUAACAGAACUCAGAGUGCUCAUUGUCAUUUUGGUGAUCAAACGAGGGAUAGCAUGCAAAUGUAUGGAUCAUACAGUCCAACUAUCUGUACCCGAAGAGUAUUAAGUGCAGGAAAAGGAAAAAGUAAAUUACCAUGGGAAAAUGAGCAUCCUGGGGUCCUGGGAGAAAACCAGAGCUCCAGUUCCAAGGAUGUAGACCAGUUUUCAACUUAUGAUUUCAUCCCAUCUCCAAAAUUAAGGCCUUCCCAAGGUCAGUCAUCAGUCAAUGAUGAUUUAUGUUUUAACAGAAAAAGAAUAUCAAGAAACUUAUUUCAGAAUAGUCAAGAUUUUAAUUCAGAGUCUCUUCCUGUAUGUGCUUCUGGUACUACUGGAACUCAUCAGACCAAUCUUGCUGGAAAGUGUGGACAACAUGAAUUUUCACAGUUAUGUGGUAAAACUGGAAGUGAGGAUUCUGAUUUACAAUUCCUGGGAACAGCAAAUAGUCAUCAAGAUAAAGUGAAUACCAGCCUAAAUUUUGGUAGUAAAACACAGCAAACAUUUGGUAGCCAAACAGAACGUACUUCAUCAUACUCUGGCCCAAAACCAGGUACAGGAGCCUUUAUCCUUCCAUCCUGUCCUCUCUCAUCACCUCGAACUAGUCCAAAGCACACAUCUCUUAAUGUAUCUCCAAAGAAAUCUCAAGAUAAUUCUGUUAAUUUCUCAAAUUUUUGGACUCUUAAAAGUUGUGAAGGAUUAUCAAAGCCAACUGCACAAAAAAAGCUUGUCAACACAAAAUCAUCUGAUCCUACAGGAGAAAAUUCUCAAGAAAAGCCUGCUAUUCAGCUUACACCUGCUUUGGUGAGAUCACCAUCUUCUCGACGAGGACUAAAUGGAACCAAGCCAGUCCCUCCUAUACCCAGGGGAAUCAGCCUUUUGCCUGAUAAAGCUGAUUUAAGUGCAGUGGUACCCAAAAAGAAAGAGCCUGAUAUUAUUUGGAAGAGUGAAAAAGAUAAUCUUAAAAUUGAUCUUUCAGAAUUAAAUAUCAGAGAUAAAGAUUUGGAUCAAGAAGAGAUGCAAAGUUCUCUGAGGUCCCUUCGUAACAGUGCCGCUAAGAAAAGAGCAAAACUGAGUGGAAGUACUUCUGAUCUUGAAAGUCCCGAUUCUGCAAUUAAGCUUGACUUAACAGUGGACUCCACAUCUGGAUCUUCUUCUCCAAACAUCAGCUCUUUCAGUGAAAGUGGUGUUUAUAGCCAAGAAUCAUUAACUUCUUCUCUGUCUACAACUCCCCAGGGGAAGAGAGUAAUGCCAGACAUAUUUCCAACGUUUGGAUCAAAACCUUGUCCAACUAGACUUUCUUCUGCAAAGAAUAAAAACUCUCAGAUAACUGAACAAAGUCCCAAUGCAGGAUCAUCAAAUGUACAGCAAAUUUCCAGUUUUGACUUCACUUCAACAAAUACAUUACCAGAAGACUCAGUAGUAGUUGUUGGAAAAGGUGUUUUUGGAGAUCUACGUUCGGUAUCAGAAACCUGCAGUCAAUUAGUGAUAUCUUCUGUGGAGAAUGGGGAUACAUUUUCAGUCAAACAAAGUAUUGAACCACCAUCAGGAAUUUAUGGAAAAGCUGUCCAGCAAAUUAUUCCACAGUAUCUUGAUGUUGAGAAUGCAAAAGAUGUUAAAGUUUCUAUUUCAAAGUCUACCUAUGACAAGAUGAGACAAAAGAGAAAAGAGGAAAAAGAACUUUUUGAUAAUAAAGAUUGUGAAAAGAAGGAACAAAAUCCCUGGGAACGAAUGAAACAUACAGGAACUGAGAAAAUGGCAUUGGAAAUUGAAGCAUCUCCUGGAACCAUUUCACAGUAUAAAGAAAAGAUGCCUUCUGUCACGCAUAGUCCAGAGGUAAUGGAUUCAUCAGAACUGCGGCCAUUUUCCAAACCAGGAAUAGCACUAAUAGAAGCCUUGAGACUUUUAUCUGAUGAUGAUUGGGAGAAGAAAAUUGAGGGGCUAAAUUUUAUUAGAUGCUUAGCUGUUUUUCAUUCUGAAAUAUUGAAUACAAAAUUGCAUGAAACAAACUUUGCAGUAGUUCAAGAGGUCAAAAAUUUACGCUCUGGAGUUUCACGUGCUGCUGUUGUCUGUUUAAGUGACCUUUUCACUUACCUGAAAAAGAGCAUGGAUCAAGAACUAGAUGCUACAGUGAAAGUUUUGUUGCAAAAGGCUGGAGAGUCAAAUACAUUUAUAAGAGAAGAUGUUGACAAAGCUUUGAGAGCUAUGGUCAAAAAUGUAACUCCUGCACGUGCAGUUGUUUCUCUUAUUAAUGGAGGACAAAGUCAUUUACACAUUGCAGUAAGAAGAUGUACUGCCCAGCACUUAUCAGAUGUAGUAGAAUUGAUGGAACCAGAGCGUAUUUUGUUGGGAACAAAGGAUAUGGCUGAUAGGAUAUUACCAGCAGCAGCUAAGUUUGCUCAAGACAGUUCACAAGAAACCAGGUAUUACGGCCGGAAGAUGCUUUUCCUCAUGAUGUGUCAUCCUAACUUUGAUAAAAUGCUUGAAAAAUAUGUCCCAUCUAAAGAUUUACCAUAUAUUAAGGAAUCUGUUAAAAACUUACGGCAAAAGGGUUUGGGGGAAAUACCACUAGAUACUCCUUCAGCAAAAGGAAGAAGAUCUCAUACUGGCUGUGUUGGAAAUACAAAGCCUUCAUCUGUUUCUAAAGAUGCUUUCAAUUCAAGUGAAAGAGAGGUAACUGAAUAUCGUGAGGUCACCAGAAAAUCAGCUCCCCGUAAUACCUUAGAAAGUGCUGAGUAUAUUAAAGUUAUAACAGGUUUAUUAAAUGCAAAAGACUUUCGAGAUCGUAUUAAUGGGAUUAAGCAACUUUUAUCAGACACUGAAAAUAAUCAAGACCUUGUUGUUGGAAAUAUUGUGAAGAUAUUUGAUGCUUUCAAAUCUCGACUUCAUGAUUCCAAUAGUAAAGUAAAUUUGGUGGCUCUAGAAACAAUGCACAAAAUGAUUCCUUUGCUUAAAGACAACUUAUCUCCUGUAAUCAACAUGCUGAUUCCAGCAAUUGUAGAUAACAACCUGAAUUCCAAGAACCCAGGCAUCUAUGCUGCUGCUACAAAUGUUGUUCAGGCCUUGGGUGAAUAUGUAGACAAUUACUUACUUCUGCAACCAUUUUGCACAAAAGCUCAGUUUUUAAAUGGAAAAGCAAAGCAGGAUAUGACUGAAAAGCUUGCUGAUAUUGUUACAGAACUGUAUCAAAGGAAACCCCAUGCCAUAGAACAGAAAGUAUUGGUUGUUUUGUGGCAUCUUUUAGGAAACAUGACAAAUAGUGGCUCUCUACCUGGAGCUGGAGGAAACAUACGAACAGCUACAGCUAAAUUAUCUAAAGCACUUUUUGCACAGAUGGGUCAGAAUCUGUUAAUUCAGGCCACAUGUCAACCACCACAUAUCAAAAAGAAUUUAGAAGAAUUGCUUGAUAUGACCAUUUGAAAUGAAUUAUGAAUCUUUGAUGAACUAUGGUGUGAUGAACAAAAACUGUUUACAUGGUGACAAAUGAAACUUUCUAAAAGUUACAUUUUCAGUGCCUGCACUCCUCACCCAGUACAUUAAAUCAGUGAAUAUUUUUAUUUACUGAGUACAUAUCUAUCCUAAAGGAACCCUGCAACUUGACCCCAUCACACACAAACCUAACAUAAUUAAUGUAACUUAAAUAUUCAUGAAAUCUGAUGCACAAAGAUUUAAUCCAAUUUAAUAUUUUUGAGAAAAGUUCUCAUUUGCACUAUUCUAUAGUAAUCACAUUUUGUUGCCCUUCUGUACAAUUAGAUUUGUAAUUAAAAUAUACUUUUUAUUAUAUAAUCAUGUUCUGCUAUGUCUCAUUACUCAGCCUUAUUUUAUAAAGUGGAGGGAAAGUCAUUGAACUAUGUUUUCACUACAUUUUGUGUGCUAUUUAUGAAAAGUUUAUUUUUAAGUCAGUCUGCUAAUAUGAUUGUGCAGUAUUAGCUUGCUUUUGCUACUGUAUUAAUGAUAUAUCUGCUUACUGUUUGGAUUUAAUCAUCUACAUAAUUGUAAAUUUAGCAAGUUAUAAUGAAGCAUGACCAAAGUUUUAGAGAAAAUUUUAAAUGCACGUUUAAGAAAACGUGUUGAAUGUAACUUCCCUAUUUUUGUGUACAAACACUAAAUUUUAUUUCUGUGUGUCAUAACAUUUAUAAAGGUGUUAUUUUGCUACCCUGUGUGAUUCUCAAAAAUAGUGCCAGGUCUUCUGUAGCUUUUCUCAGAAUUCUUGGGCUACAAGUACUGUAUGCAUCUUUAAAAAAUGAAAAGGAAUGUUAUAAAAUAAAAAUUUAUUUCUGUA